AUGCUAAGAACAUCCUUGUAUAAUCAAUCACAGCUACUUUCAAGACCAUUCUCCGUCUUAGCUCCCUUAAAAGCUACAGUUAAAAAUGGUAACAAAUCCGUCAAAGCUGGUAAACAUGCAGAAGCUAAAGUUCCCAAAUAUGAACAACUUUCUGAAGCUCAGAGGGCAUACCUAGAUAGAGUGAUAAGGGUAGACCAGGCUGGCGAAUUGGGUGCUAAUUACAUAUAUGCGGGUCAAAUAUUUGUACUUUCAAGGAAAUAUCCACAUCUAAGACCAACUUUGAACCACAUGCGUGAUCAAGAAAUCCAUCAUCACAACACGUUCAACGCUUUACAGAUUAAGAAUCGAGUAAGACCAUCUUUAUUGACACCAUUUUGGAAAGUGGGGGCCAUUGCAAUGGGGAUGGGUACAGCUAUGAUUUCUCCAGAAGCUGCCAUGGCAUGUACAGAAGCCGUAGAAACCGUGAUUGGAGGUCAUUACAAUGCGCAACUGCGUGUUCUCACGAAUCAAUUCGAUCUUGAAGAUGUCAGUAGCCCAGAAAAUAAAAAGGGAACACCACAAGAGGUCAAAUCGCUAAUUGAUACCAUUAAGUUAUUCAGAGAUCAAGAAUUAGAACAUUUGGACACAGCUAUCAAGCAUGACUCUAGGAGAGCAGUGCCAUAUAAAGUUAUUACCGAAGGUAUCAAGGGUAUUUGUAAAAUUGCCAUUUGGAGUGCAGAAAGAAUAUGA